AUGCGAUUGAAAUUUCUCGCCGGACUUGCCUUGAUCGGCCUGGUCGCGGCGAAAGACCCGAUUAGCUCGAUGUUCGUCUACGGCGCCGACGAGCAACCGCUGGUGGCCUCCAUCAUUGGAAACGACGCUACCGUAACGAGCUAUAAUAUCAAUUGUCGUCCUGGUACAGACAAAGAUGACUGCGGAAUGGGCGCCGGAUUGACGCUGCUGGCCGAAGACUCCACAACGACGUAUAUGAUGGACGAUCCCACUGGCGGCACUUUCUUCGCCAUCAUCUGCUCCGUCGACGAGAAGAAGUCAACGGCUGUCUGCCGAGCAACCGUUAGCUCCGCCUCGGGCUCCAGUUCGGGCCUCCACACCUCCACAACCACUACGAGUUUCUCGCGCUUACCGGUGACGAUAACCGGUGGCAAGGUGACGAGUGCGACACCCACCUGGCCGGGCACUAGUUAUUCUCACUCCACGGCUACAGGGACAGGGAAGGGGAAGGGGAAGGCGACGGCGACGCAGACAGGGUCCAGUUCGACAAGUAGUGGUGGCGGAAUGGCCAGAGUGACGGGGGAUACGGGGAUGAUGCUGGGAGCGGCAGCGGUGGGAUUGGCUGCUCUUCUUUAG